UGCACUCAAACUUUGCAGUCCACCUCCAUACUUCUAUAUAACUAAAGCUCCUUUCUUUGCUUCCAUACUCUUGAUAAGGUUUCUGUAUCCAUCUUUUGCAUUAUAGAAUGCAUUUCCUUUUGUAUAAUUUGAAGCCUUCCGUUUUAAUGCAUUGAAAAGUGAACAUUUGGUUCAUGGUUUUUACUCCUUUUGCAUUCUCAAAGCCAUUCCUACCACCUUUUUUAAUCUUCUUUGAAAGUUUUGUACUUGGAAGGAGCUAGUUACUACUCAAAACCUAUAAACAAGGCUUGUUGAAACUCACGCUAGCAUUUAUCUUUUUAUCAUAAGUAUAGGCUGCAUAAAUAUAGAUGUUUAUUCCCAUAAUCAUGCUAUGAUAACUCUUCAGUUUAUAGCUCUUCCUUCAAUGUUUUGUUUGCUUCCAAAUUCCAAUGGACCAUUUUAAGUAUCAGUCACAAUAAAAGUAUAUAAGUAUUGCAGAGUCUUGACUUGUGAGAAAUAGCCAUGACUAUUGCUGUAGAAACUGAGACUCCAACAAGGCUUGAGGGAAAGCAUAGAGCAAUGGUAGUUUGUUUCUUUCUCGGGCUUGGGUCUCUUAUGUCAUGGAGUAGUAUGCUGACAAUUGAAGAUUACUACUAUCAGUUGUUCCCAAAAUACCAUCCUUCAAGGGUACUUACGCUUGUUUAUCAACCAUUCGCGCUUGGAACAAUGGCGAUACUAGCAUACAAUGAAUCAAAGAUUAAUACCAGGAAGCGCAACAUAUUUGGAUACACUCUUUUCUUUGCAAGCACUUUGUUAGUCUUAGCUUUGGAUUUCGCCACAUCGGGGAAAGGUGGAAUUGGACCUUUUAUUGGUUUAUGUGUGCUUUCUGCUUGUUUUGGAGUUGCAGAUGCCCAUGUUCAAGGUGGAAUGCUUGGAGACUUGUCUUUCAUGUGCCCUGAAUUCAUUCAGUCUUUCCUUGGGGGUCUAGCUGCAUCAGGGGCUCUGGCCUCUGGUUUGAGGCUACUCACAAAAGUAUCCUUUGAGAAAACUCAUAAUGGGCUUCGCAAGGGGGCUACACUGUUCCUUGCAAUUUCUACAUUCUUUGAGUUUCUGUGUAUUCUCCUCUAUGCAAUUGUCUUUGCUAAACUGCCAAUAGUGAAGUACUAUCGCACAAAGGCAGCAUCAGAAGGAUCAAAAACUGUAUCAUCUGACCUUGCUGCUGCUGGCAUCCAAACAAACUCAAACCAAGGAGAUGAAGAUGACACGAAACAACUAGAGCGCUUGAGCAAUAAGCAAUUGUUCUUUCAGAAUAUAGAUUAUGCAAUUGGCCUAUUUCUGAUAUAUGUGUUAACAUUGUCAAUUAUCCCCGGCUUCUUGUAUGAAAAUACUGGAACACAUGGGCUAGGCUCAUGGUAUGCACCUGUUCUGUUUGCAAUGUACGGUGUCUGGGAUCUGAUAUCAAGAUACAUUCCUCUCAUUGAAAGCCUGAAGUUAGAAUCAAGGAAAGGCCUUAUGAUCGCAAUUCUUUCUCGUUUCUUAUUUAUCCCAGCAUUCUACUUUUGUGCAAAAUAUGGCGAUGAGGGAUGGAUGAUCCUGCUGACAUCCUUAUUAGGAGUAUCUAAUGGCUACCUUACUGUCUGUGUCCUUACAGUGGCACCCAAAGGUUACAAGGGACCUGAGCAAAAUGCUUUGGGCAAUUUGCUUGUGUUGUGUCUUUUAUGUGGUUUAUUUGCAGGAGUAGCUCUUGAUUGGUUGUGGCUCAUAGGUAAAGGGGGGUUUUAAGGAUCCAAGUUAUUGUUGUAAUAGAUGAAGCAAAGUCAGUUCCUAUUGACCUUUUAUCACCUGACAGAAUGAAAAUCAUCAGAUGAAUAGCCAAAUGCUAAACUUUAUGCAUUGGAAUUAUAUUUUUGAUUAUAUAGUCAUGACCUCUUCUAAUUUUGUUUAAAUUAUCAAAAACCUCAUAAAUAAACUUUAUGCAUUUGAAUUA